GAAGUGAGUAACCGAAAAAGGGGGUGGGACGUCUUCGAUUAACGUUGCUGAAGUACGUUUGAUAAAAAUAACGAGUUAUAGCGUUUUUUUUCCUUUAAGCAAUUAAUUUAGUAAUCCUAAAGUAAUUAAUUUUUCCCGUGAAUAACUGGCGACGCUCUUUAAACUGUGCAUGCAAGGCAAGCAAGUAAACCAGUGACCGGUCGGCGAAAUUUUAGCGCUCGUUGUGUUCUGACAAAUCGUUGUUCAAAAAACUGAGUUUGUGAAAAUGUUGAAUAAAGCCCUCCUUCCAGUGUCUUCUUAACUACUUUAAACUCAGGCACUGUUUAAAAACUGUUGGUGUAUUUAACUUACAUUUAUAAAAAUGGCUAGGGAUUAUGAUCAUCUCUUCAAGUUGCUUAUAAUUGGUGAUAGUGGUGUUGGGAAAAGCUCUCUAUUGCUUCGUUUUGCAGACAACACUUUUUCUGGGAAUUACAUUACAACCAUAGGUGUAGAUUUUAAAAUCCGAACCAUAUUACUCAAUGGUGAACGUGUAAAGUUACAAAUCUGGGACACUGCAGGACAAGAAAGGUUUCGCACAAUAACAUCGACGUACUACAGGGGAACUCAUGGUGUAAUAGUAGUGUAUGAUGUCAGUAGCGGGGAGUCCUUUGCAAAUGUAAAAAGAUGGUUACAUGAAAUAGAGCAAAAUUGUGAUGUUGUCAACCGAAUACUAGUUGGAAACAAAGAUGAUAUGCCAGAUAGGAAAGUGGUCUUAACUGAAGAUGCUCAGAGAUUUGCGAGCCAAAUGGGUAUUCAACUCUUUGAGACUAGCGCCAAGGACAAUAAGAAUGUUGAGGACAUGUUCAAUGCCAUCACCCAGCAAGUUUUACUCACAAAAAAAGAACAAAAAGAACAAGCCGGCAACAUGAAUGACACGAUCACUGUCGGCAAAGGAAGAAAACCAACAAAGAAAAGCAAAUGCUGUUGAAAAUGUUGGUCCAUCUCCACUCUUUCUUGGCGGCACUAACGCUCAAAUAGGGUCGUGCAGUGACGCAAAAUCAUUGGUUUACGACAAAGUUCUACUAGACACUCCAACCCUUAUCCGUUGAGAUAGAGGCAUCCAAAAACAAAAAUUAGUUUCUUUUGUGUUACCCACCUCUAUUCUACUCCCGGAUUUGAUUUCAUUUAACAAAUUUUUUUUUGUUUCAUUUUUGCUUGUUCGUAAUUUCAUUUUCGAUUUUCUUUUAAAAAUGAAUUUUUUCGGUGUCUAGUGGCGUAUUACUAAGCAAACAUCUUGUGCGCCUUGCAAUUGGUGUGUUCCAUUGUCGUGUACAGCUUGCAGUCCAUUGGAGUAAAGUCGCCGUUUGUAGUUUCUUUCAAUAUCGUGUUAGCAAAGGCGGGUUUUUUUUUUCUUUCCCUUUCCUUUUUUUUCUCUCUCUCUUAUGGAAUGCGUUUUGAUAAUGUUUUAUUCCUAAGCAGUCCUGCAUUACCACCUACUCGCUCGUCUUCAUCUAUUGAAAUAUAAAUUGAUAUGGGCAUUCCAAGUAAAUUAAACCUACCAUGUACCA